UUCAGUUGCCAAACAGACGCCGUUGCCGACGCAGUGCUCGCAGAGUCGUUCGGCGAGCGAAGUUCGUUUCCUCAGUCUUUCGAAUUUCACUUUUAACCGUUUGCGAGCGCGCCAAGUUGAAGCGUAGCCGAGCCGUACCGUUAGCGCGGCACGUUACGAAGUGAGUGACCCACACAUAUCGACCAUUCUCACGUCCGUCAACUCUGACUUGACCUGGUGCUGGUGGCCUAACCGUUGUACAAUUAAAUAACAAUCAAAAUAUAUAAUUGCAUGCGAGCACAUUUCGCUUUUGCGAUGAGACGACAAACUACAAACGCUGGCAAACGCGUUCUACGCUCUUUAUUUAAUUUGUGCGCGCAGUAAAAGUGCCAAGAAUCACGAGCUGCUUGGGUUGCUGAUGGCGGUGAUUUUGUAGUGUUGUAUUGUGUGUGGCUGGCUGACUUUACCGUGCCCCAUUAAAGUCGUCGUCGGUCGGGCGACGCAAUUUGCAUGAGCGACAGCUUCGAAUCUUUUCAACAAUUUGUACUACGCUGUGUGACUCAACGCUAAACAAUUUCGUUGGCCCGCGUGUGUGAGUGCGUCGCUGAGAAAACAUUUCUUGCUUGACUGAUAAUUUCUACGAGCCGCGCUUAUUGUUCAUUUAGUUUUUGGUAUUUCUUGAGCCUGUUGUAACUGCUUGGGAUGGAUGGAUGGAUCGCUUGCAAUAAUAAUCAUAAUGCGAAGUGAAAGAAGGCCAGUGAAAAGCAGUCGCCGUCCUCAUUGAAGAAGCGGCCGCCGGGCAGCGGCAAUAGCAUACAAAACUUUUGGAACGAUCGCAUUAUGGAGCGCUUCAUAAAGGCGAAUCUAUUCAUUAUCUGCUGCGUGGUUGCGGUUCUACUGCUGAUCGUCUAUCUGGGCGCCUUCUCGUGUGAGGUCUCGUGGAUACUGGAGGCCCACGGCGAACUGCCCUUCGCCGCCUACACGCUCUGCUCGCUCUACUUUGUCAUGUUCGUGGCCACCACGAUCCUCAUCCACGGCCUGGUCAGCGGACUCUGCUGGCCAUUGUUCGCGUGGUCGGGCAUCAUUGGUCUACUCUCGAUUCCCGAGCUGGUCUUUGUCAUGAUCAUGACCACACAGCACUGGGGACUGCAAUCUGUGCACGGACUGACGGAGCUCACCUCUUAUCUGAUUCGCCUCAUCAUCAACUGCUUUGCCCUGAUCUGUGUGAUUCCCACGGGCAUCAGGUGGCGACGGGAGACCCAGGUGCUGAGUCAGCUCCAGGGAUUGGCAACCAGGCUCUCCCUGCAAACACCAGCACCCAGUGUACCCAUGACCAAGGCGGACUCCCGACGCUCCAGCCAGCGCCUGAGUGGAUUCGAGAAUGCCGGCUACCAGCUGUGCGAUGAAACAGCUUCUAAGUUGCCACUGGGACCAGGAUUGGGAUUGGGCAUGAACAAUCAGUGUGGAGGCAGUCAAGCAUUUGGCUCGCAGAACGAAUUCAAUGCCAGCAUGUUUGCGCCCGCUUUGGCGCAGCAGUUCAACAAUGCCACACUGAUGCAGCGCGGCGGAGCAGGUGGAGCAAGUGGUGGUCAUCGCGCCCAGUCCCUGAUGGAUCUGCGCUGCACUCUACCCGGAAUGUACAAUCCACGACAUGUGCUCGAUACGGAGGACAAAAACGCCAAGUACUUCAACAUCACCAUCGACGAUCUGAAGAACAAUCUGCAGGAUUCACACAGGCCAUCGCCGCCUUCGCUGAUUGGUUCCACCAGCAACGAUCCCAUUUAUUGCUCCAUCGAACCCAAGCAGUUGACACCGCCGCCAGCACAGCAGAGGAACCACCAUCGUCCACGCGGCACACACAAACAGCCACCACAGGGUAAACUGUCGCGGAAUUGCGUCUCCCUGGAAAAUCUCGACGGGAUCAGCAAGGUGCAGAACGAUCUGACAGCCUACGGCAACAAUCUCCUCCAGAACUACACGCAGCAGCAGCAGUACUACCUGGCCAUGCUGCUGCACCAGCAACAGCAGCAGCAGCAGUUGCACCACCCACAGCCAGGCGGCAUUUACCGCAGGCCAUCCAAUUGCAGUUCCACUGGCGGAUUCGCCGGCACCGUUCUAGCCCAACCGAUGCAGCGACGUGGCUCCACGCACAGCCAGCAGAUGCAGUAUUAUGGUGGCUUUGGCUACGCCAACUACGCCAAUCCGUACAUCACGGCCAACAGCAAGUUGUCCUUGGGCAACGAAUCCGACGACUACCGGAAGUACCGCGAUGUGGCACUUUGAGUUCGUUUUUGGUUCCGGAUCCCAAUCGAUCAUCAGUCAGCGUUUAGGUUAAGCUCACUAGUUGUAGGACAUGCUCGAUCUAGAAUGAGAUUCCUCGGAAUAACGACCAAAGAGCCACAAACUAACUCAGUUUCAGUUCGUAGACUAACGUUACACUGGGAGAAUCGUAUAGCGCGUUUAUACGCAAGUCAAUUUCUAGCUACAAUGGGUCUGCAUUCAGUUGUUAUUUGCUUAAUGAAUAAUAACACUACCCAUUUGCUAAUAAAAGUGUACUUAAUAAGAGACUCCAUGGGGAUAUAAUUGUAUUUGCAAAUAAAAAUGAGAAAUAUCUGGCCUUCUCACAAAUAGAAAUAGAUAUUUCCAAAACAAGCAAACAUCAAAGAGCAAAGAGCAGUGGAAGCUAGCAAGAGAGGCACUUAAUGCUCGCAUCUUGGUU